GUCCCACGCCACAUUAUGAUAAGUGUGUGUGUGUAUGUGUGUGGUGAUGGUUGGGGGGUAUGGAGGGGAUGAACCUGAAAUCAGUUUAAUAUAAUGUUAAUGCUCUAAUGGACCUUUCUAUUUAAGUUUAAAUAGCCAUUGCAGACAUACCCAGUUGAACUUACAGAAAUGGCAUUCUAGUUACUAUCACAUUCUCACAUUAUAUUAAAUUAUAUUUGGCCAACAUUAAAUGUCUGUAAGUAGUCUGUAAAAGUAUACAAGGUUUGGUUUGAAAAGUGAUGGAUACAUUAAUAUGGCAGGUACACCAUUGUCUAGGUACACCAUUUUUGCAUUACAUUUGUGAAAAAGUGGUGGGGACAAGCUAGGUUUACUUCAAAAGUGGCAUGGACUCACCAUCCACACCUAAAAUGCCCAUGAGUGCUUGGAGCAUUAAUAUAAUGCAAUGUAGGCUACCAACUUUGCAAGUCUGCUUUGGUGGAUUGCAACAGGAUGUGGCAAACUAGCAUGACAAAGAAGGAAGCUUGAACGUAUUUGGGUGUGGGUGGUAAGUGUUAUAUUUUAGGGACUUGUGUUGGCCAUAUUUUUAGGUACUGCCAUAGUCAAUUAACUUCCCCUUUUAUUCACAAGACAGCUGACAUCGCGAAUGACGCACCGCCCCAAACAAACCGUUCCAUGAUGACGGUGUCUCGCCCCACAUCCACAGACAGGUAGAACAGGUGGACCAACAUUCCACAUGUGGUUCCACCGCUCGGCCCUUUACUGAAACCAGUGCCGCAAUCACUGCUGUUAUUGUUGCAGAGUCCAUGAUGAACCCAGCGGCUACAUCUGAGACGGGGAACUACAUUGAGCCGGUGGUCUUCGCCAGGCGCAAUGUCUGCACCCCUUUGAGCAUACUAGAGGGGCUAAUGGAACCAAGGAGCUAUGAAUACCCACGGGGUGAGGAAGUGGAGGUGGGUAUCGUUGUCACUGACACAGAGAGUGUGAGUUCUCUUCCAAGCACCGAGCCGGAGGAUCAGAAGGAGGGCGACUGUGAUUCGAUGGUGGACGUUGCAGGAAACCUCGAAUCCAACUGUGGUCAGUCGGAGAACGGUGUUUUAUCCGAGGAGUGCGAGGGACCUGUGCUGGAGGUUGUGGCUGAGGACGAUCUUGGGCCCGCCAUGAACUCACCACGAAGGCCGUAUGUCGACGGUACUCUGCCAGACCUACUGAGGAGCGGCAGCCCACUGCGACGGAGGGUGUCCAGUCCAGUGUCCAACACGCUGAAGGAGGUGCGUCGGGAGGUGGAGUUGGGACGGCGCCGGAGCCUGAAGCUGAAGGCCCAGGUGGAGCGUCUCCAGACACAGACCGACUCCAACUGGAGCCAGCACAAGCAGCAGGUGACCGAUGAGGUGCAGGGCAUCUUGAGGCUGCUGCUCCCCCUGACGGAUAUGACCCCGGGUCAGGGUGACUCCUCGUCGGGGAGCAGCACUCUGGACACGGCCCUCAGCCAGCUGCAGCAGGUGGCACGCACACUGGCCCUCAACCACACCAAGCAAAACAGCAAGGAUGAGGACAGUGCCAUUCUCCAGCAGGCCCUGCGUGACAGAGACCAGGCUGUGUCAAAGAAGAAGGCCAUGGAGAUGGAGCUCCUGAACAGCAAGACGGAGAUGAUGCUGCUCAACAACCAGCUGCUGGAGGCCGUGCAGCACCGACUGGAGAUCUCCCUGGAGCUGGAGGCAUGGAAGGAGGACUUCCAGCUCCUCCUCCAGCAGCAGGUGUUGUGUCAGCAGCAGGCGGCCGAGCAGCAGGCCCAGAAGAGGGGCGGUCUGCUGGGCACGCUGGGCAGGAAGACCGGCAAGUCUUCCAGACCUCCACCAUCACCUUCCCCGUCCCGCCUAUCUGCCUCUGCCUCUCCAGCCCCAGCUCCCACUCCAGCCCCCACAUCAACUACAACUACUCCCCAGACUUCCCCCAGAGCAGCGGCCGAGAGGGACACCCCCAACCGCUGGAGGGUGAAGCUGAGGCGCGGUCGGACCAGCAGAGGGGCUGAAGAGGCAGCACCAGCACCAGCAGUGGAGAGCAGUAGAAGCCAAUACUCGCCACACCCAGUAGGGGGCAGCAGAGGAGGCCAGUUCCACACCAUCUCCCUCGACUGACGGAGGAUAAAUGAGCCACCAUUAACACCACGCAUGACUUUGGGUAGAGGACUGAGCAUAGCAUCAAGGGGUUAAAUCCCAGGCACACUGGAUGGCACAAGGCACAAGUGAAAUGGGAUCGACAGAUAGCCAGAUAGUUAUUGGUUAUUUUUUGUCCGUCAUGGGUCCCAUAGAGCAGCAUGAUUUGACUAUGAAAAUGGAUGUAGCUACUGUUGUCUUGAACAUGGACAACUUGGCUUGCAUCUGGCCACUCCAGUGUAUGGGAAGAUGCUAUUGGCUGAUGAAAACAGCUUUUUGCUGUAUACACUCAGGCCAACUCAAUAUUUGUUGUUGCUCAAUCACAUGUGGUCAAAGAAGGUGGAUCUAACAAGUAGUGGCACUCAAUCCAUAAAAGACCUGAGUGUCGCUUCUUGUUAGAAAUGUAUAUCCUUUGAUGUGAUUGUGUAUUUUCUUGUUCUACUUCCUCUGAUUCAUUGGGAGGGACUAUGGGUGCGUUGCAAUAUGCGACCUUGCCUCCUCCACUUGCUUCUCGUCAUGAUGACAUCACUGACAACAGCAUUAUAUUUCAAUAUCUUGCAAAAGCUCAAUUGUAGAGUCUUUUUCUCAUUUGCAAUUGGGAUGGUGAAUGAAAAACAGUCCCUCAAAAGUUGUUGUGGCUAGGCUGACAGCUGGGAAACUUAAUCGUUUUCUCCACGGAGGAGGGGCCAGGAGGCGGGACGAGGAGACAAGCGCAAGUGAAGGAGGCAAGGUCGCAUAUUAAAACGCACACUAUUUAUCCAUUCCAUUUGAGCUGCCGUAUCGUAUGCAGCCUCACAGACCCAAACUUUAUACUUUCUGCUCAAUGCGAAUAGUGAUUGAAUCGAAUGUGUAUAUUCUUAUUUGUAUAUUCUUAUUGAUGCCAAAAUCAACACAGGCGUCUUGUUCUUGUAAAUUGCUGGUGAAAUAUAGAUCCAGUUCCGUUCACUCUGUAGCAUAAUGACUGUUUAUACUGUUUAUGACAUAACUGACUUGCUUAUAAUCAGACAAUGACACAGGAGGAGUUUCCUUUAGUUUAUUUUUG